CGCAUGAUACAUUGUUAUUGCAUAGCACGUUUGAAACCCACCAUUGAACUAGCAGGCCAUGUCAACAUGACGAAUUUCUUUAAUCCUCCACUUUACUUGCAGAGAUAUCAGUUUGUCAUUGAAUUUAUAAAGAGGAACAAACCCAAAAAGAUGGUAGAUUUGGGAUGCAAUGACUGCGCGCUGCUCAGGAAAGUGAAGUUCCACCGGGAAAUUGAGCUUCUGGCUGGGGUGGACAUCGACAACGCAGUAAUCAGGGAAAAAAUGUAUGCCUUGGCACCGAUUCCUACCGACUACCUUCAGCCAGGUGAUCAUCCGUUGACCAUUGAACUGUACCAAGGCUCAGUCACCGAAAAGGAUCAUCGAAUCAAAGGAUUCGAUCUUGUGACAAGUAUCGAGCUCAUUGAGCAUUUGCAGCUUGGAGAUGUGGACAGGUUCUCUGAAGUGGUGUUUGGCUUCAUGGUCCCGACAUCAGUCAUUAUCAGCACCCCAAAUGCCGAGUUCAACUCCCUGCUACCAGGGCUGACAGGAUUCAGACACUACGAUCACAAGUUUGAGUGGACAAGAGCUGAAUUUCAAAGAUGGGCUCUAACGGUGGGAAGGGAGUUUGGCUAUGACGUGGAGUUCACAGGUGUAGGAGAGGCACCAGGCCAGGACCAGACUGUUGGAUUCUGCUCUCAGAUCGGAGUGUUCCGGAGAAUCAUCCCCGUCUCUCAAAGUCAUGAUCCAGAGGAGCCACUUUUAUAUAAACUGCUGUACAGCGUCAAGUACCCCAGUCUGUGUGACAACAAUGUCCUGCAAAGGAUUCUGGUCAAUGAAGUCCUGUAUUGGUCUGAAAACCUGAAGAGAAGAUGGCUGGAUGAGACAGCUGUGAGGGAGGAAGAAGCCUAUUCAGACCAAAACACAGAAGAAGAGGAUAUGGAGGGGCAUCUUGCAGAGAGGUUGAGUCUAAUAGAACAGGACGUGGAAAGAGACCCAGUGGAUUGGAGGAGGAGAAGAGAGAAUGAGGAAAUGGAAGAUGAUCUGACAGAAGGAGAGGGACUGUACCGAUCAGGCCGAUCGGUGUGUGUUCCCGUGGCCAGGCUAUGGUCCUGCCCCAGGGUCGAAUCUCUGAGCGGAAACAUCUCCUUCCUGAAACAGAUCUUGCUGAAUGACAGCCGAGUCAGCAUGACUGAAGAUGGUUUGGCUGUGGUGCUGGCAGAGGACGAGGAAGAGGAUCACCAAGAUUUGGACUAUUCUGAUGCCCCAGAAUGUACAGACAUCAGACAGUCUGUAGUUUGUACUGUGGAGGAGGAUUGGGAUGCAUAA